AUGUCAACGCCAGCACAAAAGGCAAAUCUUGCCCGGAUCAGAGAUAAUCAGAGAAGAUCCCGGGCCCGCAGAAGAGAGUAUCUACAAGAGCUCGAACAACGACUGCGGGUGUAUGAGCUCCAAGGUGUCGAGGCCUCUUCAGAGGUGCAACAUGCCGCACGCAGGGUCGCCGAAGAAAACAGACAACUCCGUGGUCUCCUUAACCGGCAUGGCAUCGGAGACGAUUACAUAUCCAGCUAUCUGAACUCCGCGACGGCAGCGCAAACGGACCCGACAGUAAUUUCUCACUUUACCUCGAGCAUUCCAAGCGACAACGUGCAAUCUCUCCAGCAGGUUAUAGCUCCUAGAAGACCUACUGCUCUCGAAACCAGCGUAUCUUAUGCUGUUCCCCCACAAGAGAGCCGUGAGCCAUCUAUAGCCAGUGGUUCUACAAGCAGUUCUUCCAUAUGGGAGGCUGGCCAGCCUAUCCCGCCUGGCUCAGCAUAUGCUCGGCCACUCCCAUCUAACGUCCCUACGCCUGUGCCAAGACAGUCGAUAACCUCCUCAAUGCACCCACAGCAAUACAGCUCGCAUAUGUUCUCUGACCCUCAAGUUUCGCGGACUGAAGGCUACCACACGAUCGCCACCCCGGGAGCCUUGAUGGAGGACCCUCGCCGACAUAGCUAUUCUGUAGGAUCCGUACCCGGGGAUGUGUCGUCGACGAUGGGCUACAGUAUUCCCAUGAAUUCUUUUCACAACCCCGUGGGACAAGGUGGUGGCCCUUCGGGGCCUUGUUGA